AUGUUGCAAGAAGCGGGCCAAUUUUUUAUUGAAAAGAAACAAAGAAAUGAAUUUGUUUCGUUUUUGGAAUAUAUUAAAUCAACCAGAUUAGCUUUAAUUAGCAAAGAUUUGUUUGAUAUUUUUGAAAUGCAUGGAGUCGUUGAAGGAGAAAAACGAUCACAAUUAUGCUUCUGGGCAAUUAACACAUUUCUGUUGAAUUUAAUCAGUACAUCAACAAGAAAAGACCGCAGAGAAAUAAUUUAUUUGUACAAAUUCAAAGUUACCAGAGAACAAAUUUCGGGAAUGAUAAAAAUGAUUUAUGAAAGCACUACAAAUGCCGAGGAAAAGGCAAAAAUAAGAUGGAGCGCUUUGAAUACCGCAAAAUAUAUUUUGGAAAUGUUUAAAAAAGGAAAGAAUGUUUUUGAUGGAGGAUGUAAAGAAACGUUUUUUAAUGAUGAAAAAAGUGAGAAGAAAAUCGGAAAUAAAAAUUUGGAAGGGAAGUCCAAAAAAUAAAUGAGUGAAAAGGAAAAAGGAAUAAUGGACAAAGGAUAUUACGGAAAAAAUCCAAAUGAAGAUGCCAAUUUCUGAACAACCA